AAGAUGGCGGAGUAGCCUUGCCUGUCCGCUGGAAAACAAUAGAAGCAGCACUGGAGGGGCAGCGUAAGCCCGUUUUAACUAGAGAAAACCAAUCAAAAACCAAACAUAUCCCGACUCCGUCUCGGCCAGGUGGGAAGGAAUAUCCGCACCAGGAACCUCGGGAGAAUUUAAUAUAAAUAACUAUGCUUUAUUUAGACGUUUCGGGCUAGCCACUUAGCCUCCUCGUCGAGCUAACGGUAGCCCGUCUAACCCGUAAAGCAUAGUGUUAGCAGCUAGCGGCUAACAGCUACAAGGAGGCGGAGGAUCAGCUGUUUGCUAGACAGAUGCUGUAGGAAGGAGCGGAACGGCAACGCUUUAACAGUAAGUGAAUUUAAAUAAGAUUAAAUCAUCUGGAAAGUAUUUUCGCUUAUUUUCACGUAACGUGUUGGAUAAACACAAUCUGUUUACUGGCUGAUCGAUCGCUGCCAAGUUUGUGAAGUUGUUAGCAAGCAGCGCUAGCCCGCUAACUAGCUCGUCCUGUCCCCGCUAACCAAGCUAACUACUUUUUAAUACUCGAGCAAAAAUAAGAAAAGUUUUGGUCAAGGUAGAGACCCUUAUGAUGCUCCCACGGAGGACUGCGUUAUCGUAAACAAACACGUGAAUGUGUGAGUUAGAGGCCGACGCCAAGUAACCCCAAAAACAUCAAAUUUAUGAUAGUUUUUAAAGGAAUUCUCGACGCUCCAACUUUGAUUUUUUUUAAGUGGAGGAAUGUUGCUAACUUAGCUCAACGGCAGUUAGUUUGAUGGCGUGCGAGCACACUUUUUCAUUUAUUCAAAAAUAAAAGGAGUGUCAUUUUUAUUAUCCACUUAUAGUAGCGGGCUUUGUGUUGAUUUUUUUAUACCGCAGAGAUUAAUCAGUUUUUUUCACGCGAUUUUGGGUUAAACUCGGGCGUAAUGUCGCUCUAACAAGACACCAGAUCUGUUUCUUUACGCAUUCAUUUAACCAAGCAUCAAUGUACAUACAUAGAGUAAAGUCUGGAGGUGGUGUCGCACACAUAAACCUCAGUUAGUGUCUUCAGCAGUGAGUCUGGCUGUGACUGAAGGCCAUUAGCAAGACAAAGGUCGCCUCCAUGGAGCCAGCUCAGGAGUCUUUGUAAAGGCAGAGGGGGUGCAGGGGGGUGUAUAGACGCCCAGAGUAGGAGCCGAAUAAUUCAGCAUUUUAUGGACGAAACCUGAGUCGGAGUUUUCUUUUUUCCUUCUUUUUUUCUUUUUUAAACCUACUUCUACAACCUAUUUUAUAUUGAUGAUGGCGGAUUUUGUUACACCGCGACACAGCGCGGUGAUGGAGAGGCUCCGCCGGAGGAUCGAGCUCUUCCGGCAGCAUCACAACAGCUGCGAGAGUCGCUACGAGAACGCGACGCUGGAGCGGCUGGAGCUGGAGAGGCAGCAGACCUUCGCCCUGCACCAGCGCUGCUUGCAGGCCAAGGCCAAGCGGUCCAACAAGCACCGGCAGCCGCAGCCCAGCGGCGACCAGGCCGGACCGAGAGUUACGGGUGGUGCAGGCGGCGGUGGUGGUGCAGGCGGCGGUGUUGUUGCAGAGCUCGUGGAGAGCGGAGGGACCACGGCGGAGCAGAGUCGGAGCAGCACCCUGAUCGCGCUGCAGGAGACGGUGAAGAGGAAGCUGGAGAACGCCAGCUCGCCCAUCGGCCGGGAUCAGGUCAAUGGCUUCAGCGACGGCUUCCCCCCCAACAAGAAAGCCUGCCUGGACAACGGCUCCCCGCUGGACUCCAAGCUGGGCCUCAGCGACGCCCUGAACUCCAACGGGACCCACGUGACGGCCGGGGAGUCUGCAGAAACGGACUUCCACCGCAAGGAGAUGAAGCAGGAGCCCGACGACAUCCUGCCCAUCAUGCCUCCGUCGGGAGGAGGCAGCAACAGCCUGUUCCCUGACCUCAACCUUAACGAGCAGGAGUGGACGGAGCUGAUGGAGGAGUUGAACUGCUCCGUGGCCUACGAGGACAUCCAGGACAUCCUCAACGACGGCUUCGAGGAGGACCGCAAAGACUCACUGUUGCCGGGUGGGGCAGGUGGUGGUGGUGGUGGAGGAGGAGGAGGCGGCCAGUCCUCCCAGGGUUUGCUUCUUCCAGAUCUGGUCAGCGUGAAGACUGAGUUCUCCCCGUCGUCUGUGGCUUUCGAGCAGGACUCGCGCACCGGCUCCCCCCACGUCAGGUCCGCCUCCUCCGGGCCUCCUCCGCCUCACCCCACCAGCUCCCCCGUCGCCUCGUCCUCCGCCUCGUCCCCGGCUCUGCCCCUGUCCCAGACGGCCCCUCCGUCUCGGCAGCAUCAGCCUCCCCCCAACCACCAUCUACCCGCGGGCCCCCCGGUCCCUAAAGACCUGUCCCCCGCUCAGCAGCUCCAGCAGCUGGCCGCCCAGCAGCAGCGAGCCCAGCACCUUCACGGUCAGAUGCAGCACAAACAGCCGCAGCCAGGGGCCAAGUUCCACAGCCAGGGGCCCCACGUCCACCCCCCCUCUUGGCCCCAGAUGUCCAACGCCUCCCAGAGCCCACUAGGGGGCGCUUUUGGUAUGGAUAAGCCCACCAGCCCCUCCCUCUACCCGCAGGACUUUAACCCCAGCUCACAGAAGCAGUUGCUGAUGCCCGGUCAGCCUAACAAAGGCCCCCCCAAGGCGGGGGCCGGCAGCUACAUGCAGGGGCCCGCCGGACACCCCAACAUGAUGGGUCACCCGACGCCGGGGCCGCCCAUCGGCCACCCGCCGGCGCCGGGGUCCCAGACCUCGGCUGCUAUGCUGAACUACAACAACACAAAACCUCUGUCGCACUUUGAGGCGGGGCCAGGGCCCCCGCGACCCCCCAACAGCCAGAUCCAGGGCAAGGCGGCACUGCUGACGCUGCUCAGGCAGCAGCAGAUCAAACAGAAGAACAGCGUGAACUUCCGUCAGCACAUACCGCACACGCAGGACCAGAACUCCUACACGGCUCCUCCACACGGCCCAGGCCCCGGCACCGCCAUGACGUCGGUGCCGGGAAACAACGGCAUGGCGGCCCAGCCGGGGUCCAACGCCAUGUCAACUAACCACGGCAACGCAGCGUACCUGAGCAGUCAGGCAGCGGCGGCGGCGGCGGUGGCGGCAGCGCUGAAACAGCAGCAGCAGCAGCAGCAGCAGCAGCAACAGCAGCAGCAGCAACAGCAGCAACAGCAUCAGCAGCAGAUCCUGGAGCAGCAGAAGCAGCAGUACAUGCAGAGGCAGCAGCUGAUGGCCGAACAGGAGAAGCAGCGGCAGCAGGAUCAGCAGCUGCAGAGACACCUGACUCGACCCCCCCCACAGUACCAGGACCAGCCGGGGCUACCGGCCAACCAGAACCCUUUCCCUCAGCCGCCAGUCAACCAGUUUACAGCUUCCUCUCAGCCAAUGGGCAGCGUCGGCUCCAUGGGAGGCCCCGCCCCCGGAUCCCAGCGCAUGUUCCCCCAGAACCAAGGCAUGAUGGGUAUGAGCAUCGGUCCAGGCGGCGGGCCAACGGGCGGCGUAGCUCCGCCCCCGACCGGGAGCCAAGGGGAUAUUGGUCUAUCGUCUUGCGGAGGGGGCGGGGCAGGUGUGGACGUGCAGCAGGUGCUUUACAACAACAUGAACCUUCACCCCAACCACCCGUCACACCCAUCUCACCCGCCCCAGCAGGCCGGCCUGCAGCGCCAGCCUCUAGGCGCCAUGAGCGCCGCCUACAGGCAGAACCUUAUAGCUCAGCAGCACCUCAAAUCACAACCCAAUGCCGCGCUGUUGAAGCAGCAGCAGCAGCAGCAGCAGCUGGCUGCCGCCCGCAUGCCAGGCUCCAUGCAGAGCAGCAUGCAGGGCGCCGCCUGGCAGCAGCAGCUGACCAACCAGCCGGCCUCCAGCAACGCCGGCCUCCCCCCCAACGCCUUCCAUAUGCAGCAGCAGCAGCAGCAGUCGCGCAUUCCGAAGAUGCCCCCAGGUGCCGCGCCCUUUGGCACCAACCCCGGCGGGCGCCCGAUGGGCGGGCUGAGCGCCGCGCACCAGAUGAUGCAGACCAACAUGGUAGCUGCGCAGCAGCAGAGAGCACCGCCCAACCUUCAGAACCUGGGCCCACCCAUGGCCGCCCAGCAACAGACUCAGCAGCAGGCCAAUCAGAACCAGACCGCCCUGGCCGACCUGGCGGCCUUCGGGCCGCCACAGGGCGGCGGUCGCCAGGGGCUGCAGUGUAACCAGGGAUACCAGGUGAGCAGGACUGCCAGUCAGCAGCAGCAGCAGCAGGUGUCGUUCGGGUACAACGUGGCGUCGGGGAGCUUCGCCGGAGAGAGCGAGCUGGUGGACUCGCUGCUGAAGGGUCAGAGCACCCAGGAGUGGAUGGCCGACCUGGAUGAGCUGCUGGCUGGCCACCACUAGCUCGCCGCGCACACCUGUCUGCACCUGAGAAACCCUGCUGAGCCGAGAGGCCCCAAAGACGGAAAAUAGAAAAGUAAAAGAAUUCAACACUGUUGUGUGGCGUUGUUGGAAGUAAAAUGUCCCCAACGGGAAGUCUGCCCGUUAACAAAGUCUGAGCUCUAAAAAAAAAACAAAGAGGUAAAGAAGUGAAGCUGUCCGUACGUGAAGAGACUGUCACAUUGUCAUUGUUAUCAGAGUGGAGUUGUAUCACAGAUAGAUAUAUACUUAUAUAUGUGUGUACGCAUAUAUGUAUGUGUAUGAACCAGAAGCAUUUGUCCAGUCAAUUUUAAAGAGGUUUUAAUUUCCUGCAUCUGGAGUCCAGAUGUGCUUCAUCCUCAGGAGAACGGUACCGGCCUUCAUUCAAAAAUCAGACAAUUUAAGGAUGAAUUGCGGUUUUACAGAAUUGCACACGAGGUCAAACAUUUUGUUAAUAUAAAUUUAUUGAGGUCAAAGCGUGUUUAAUUCUAUAUCGUGAUAUACAUUUCACUUGUUUUGGUGAAUAAAAUGAGUUUUAAAAACUUUUUUUUUUAAAGUCACCACUAAAAGUCUAUAAAACAUAAAUAAAGAUAUUAAACAAAACUUAGGUAUAUGUUGCAUAAAAAGUUACGUCGUAUUUUGAAAAUCUAACAGAAAACCAGUUUCCACCUCGUGUGUAAAUCUGAACACUGAUGUUUGUGUACUUCCUUUUACACACUGAUGUUUGUGUACUUCCUUUUACACACUGAUGUUUGUGUACUUCCUUUUACACACUGAUGUUUGUGUACUUCCUUUUACACGCCGCAGAUGUUUGUGCUUCCUGUUGCACACGCUGAUGUUUGUGUACUGUUGCACACUUCCUUUUGGAGGCUGAAAGGAGGAGUUGUGUUACUACUGAGCAGACGCUCUGUCAUGGGUUUGAUGAAGCGAACUCACUCGGGCCGUUUUAACACAUUUAAUGUGUCACUUUAAAGAAGCACAGCGGCGUUUUUGCAUCUUUUACUUCAGUUUACUACAAAUCAAAAGUACUUAUUUUCACCGCAACCACUUUUUUUUAAAGUCAAUGCCAAAUCUCUGAAAACAUAACUCUUGUUUUCUGGAAUACUCACUGUUCUUAAAUUAUGAACUUUGUGUAGCUUUGUGUAACGACUAUGCAAUGGAGCUAACGCUAACAGAUUGCAUCGUGUUACGAUUUGAUGCAUCGUCAUUUUUUGUUACAUUUACAAUAAAUUAAAUUUGCGGAUUUAUAACCUCAAUUCGAUUUCUAAAAUUCUGGCAUUUUGACAUUUAUAGAUUUAAGUAUUCUGUUCACUUCAGUUUAAAAAUCUACAUUUAGAGAUACGAAUGUGUCACCGUGGUCUUUAUUUUCUGUUUACACAAAACAGACGUGAUAACGGAGUCAGUUCAUUUUCAUACGAGAAGGAAAUAUUUAAAACCACAGUGUGUUUUGUUUAUGGAUUAUUUGUUUACCACCAGCUGUGUUGCUCUUUGACCUUUUGGAUUCAGUUCAGUCGCCUGAAUCAUCUAAUUCCCCUUCUAGUCAAACGGAUCUUUAUUUCAGCAAGUGAUGCGUUUUGGAAUCCCACGAGGACUUCUCUGAGGUCUUUGUGUUUAAAGUAAACGCAGUAAAACCUGCAGAAACUGUCGCGUGUCCCUUUGUGUGAAGAAGACUUUGUUUGAGCUCCUCUUCAGUGGCGCCUCACACCAGCUUCCAGCCUUCCAGCCCUUUUCAUCUCUAAAGAUACUUUAUUAAAGUGCGUGAGCAUUAAGAGCAUCAAACUGCACAUCUGGUCCCGUCUGAGGUUUCCAGAUGUUUUCUUCUCAUUUCUAAAGUCUUAGUGACUCAACAUUCUGCUGUAGAUUUUAGUGUCAAAGGAGGAAAUUCCGGUUUGGAUCUGUAACCUGUUGAGCAUGUUGUUCUUCUCUUAAUGUGAGGCGGCUUUCUACCAAAUAUCAAAAUAACUCCCAGAGGGCAAGAAAAGUUUUCUUUCAAGCUUCCCAAAUUCUAAACGUCGCGAUUUUGUUUCCUGAAUCUGACUUUAAAGAGUUAAACGCUAAUUCCUGUCGGGACGAUGAAAUCAACAAGUGUUCCUCUGGCGGUUCUUCUUGGAGAAGCGUAAUCGGGCCUUUUGUCUCUGACCCGGGGAUCAAUCUACUGACUUUGACUUCUUCAAAGAGUUGUGUGUUUAUUUUAUUUGUAAUGUUUCGGAUGUUAGGGGCCUCCAGCCUGGCUCCGCCUCCCGGCUCUUCUGACCGUGUAAAUGUCUAUAAAUAUAUUUUUUGUAUGUAUGCCUUUCCUAUUGAUCUGGAGAAGAUAGAUGUUAUUUUUAUAUAUUGCAGCGUUUUUGUAAGUAUUUUAUACUUUUGAUAUGGUUCUCUGUAAAACAAGAGUAUUAUGUAAAUAUAGUUCUUUAGAAACGA